AUGACGUUCAAGGAGCUCUUAGAAAAAGCCGAAGAAGAGUUCGAGCCCCACAAUGAGAUCGAGUCCGACUACGAUACGGACCGCGACGCCAUCCCACCUUACAAGGUACGAAGACAUCCAAACAUGGAUGUCAUCUACGAGAAACUGACGUUCACCCUCGACAACGCCACUCACCCGAUGGACACGCAAACUCGCGACGCCGUACGAAUCGCGCUUGUCAAGGCCUUUCGCGCCGCCCGUGCGCGCGGUCGCCACGACGGUAUGCGCGAGGCCCGCAAGCGAGAAUGGAUGACGCACCCGGACAGUGACUUCGUGCAAGUUGCGAAGCGCGGCAAGUACAAGAAACACCUCGGGCACUUUCGUGGCAACCCGAUGUUGCAUAAAAGGGAGCGCGAGCAGCUGUGUGAGCUACACGGUAUUUCUCUCGCUACCGCACUGCUGAUCCGCAAUGCAAUGGACUGA